AAAUUACAAAACUAUCCCAAUUCCCAUUACCUCAAGAGCUGUAUAUCUUUUCUCCCUUAAACCUCAUACCUAAAACCCUGCAACCACUAAUCACUCUUAACAACAUUGCAUUCACAAUCUUGAGGUCUUUGCAACAAAAUAAAGCUAGCUGCAAAUGGAAAUUUGCCCAGACUGUGGAAUUUUAUUGCAAUAUGAGUUGCCUUAUAUGGACCGUCCAGCCAGAUUCUUUUGCCCUGCGUGCCCUUUCGUAUGUAACAUAGAGAGCCAGCUUAGGAUGAAGAAAAGACAGCCUUUGGUUAAGAAACAAAUGGAUCCAGUGAUUUCGACAGAUGACAUGGACAAUGCUUCGACUGCUGAAGUGCCGUGUCCAGCGUGUGGUUACAGGGAAGCAGCAUAUUAUCAAGUGCAGAUAAGGUCAGCAGAUGAGCCAAUGACUACAUUUUACAAAUGCAAGAACAAGAUGUGUGGGAACAAUUGGAGAGAAGACUAAAAUGGUUUUAGGACAACUGUAUCUUUCAAUAGUACUGCUUGGGACCAUUUCUCAGUUUGUGC